UCACUUCUCUCCACAGCCAGAGGUAGAGCAGUCAGACGCCAACCGAGCAAGCUGUCGCCAUGUCUUACGGCCAGAGCAUGAUGAUGUCAGGUGGGUCCCAGCGGAGCUCCUUCGGAGGAGGAGGCAGUAUGUACGGCAGGAGUGCCGGCAGUAUGCACGGCGGCUCCGGCGGCAGUGGGGUGCGCAUCUCCAGCGCCUCCCGCACCUUUUCUGCUGGUGGCGGCGGCGGUUUCGGCGGCGGCGGUUUCGGCGGCGGCAGCGGCGGCGGCGGCGGUUUUGGCAGCGGCGGCGGCGGCGGUUUUGGCUUCGGUUCAGGGGGAUUCAACCUGGCCGACGCUGGAGAGAUGCAGAUCUCGACCAACGAGAAGGCCACCAUGCAGAACCUGAACGACCGUCUGGCCACCUACCUGGAGAAAGUGCGCUCCCUCGAGAAGGCCAACACUGAACUGGAGCUGAAGAUCCGCCAGUUCCUGGAGAGCAAGACCUCUCCGUCUGCACGUGACUACAGCGCAUUCGAGGCCACCAUCAGGGAUCUGCAGGGAAAGAUCCAGGACGCCACCCGUGUCAAUGGCAGUAUCUAUCUCAGCGUUGACAACGCAAAGCUGGCUGCUGAUGACUUCAGAGUCAAAUAUGAGAACGAGCUGUCCAUGCGGCAGUCAGUGGAGGCUGAUAUUGCAGGAUUGAGGAGGGUCCUGGACGAGUUGACAAUGGCAAGAUCUGACCUGGAGAUGCAGAUCGAAGGUCUGAAGGAGGAGCUAAUCUUCCUCAAGAAGAACCACGAGGAGGAACUUCUGAACAUGAGACAACAGAUGAGUGGCCAGGUCCACGUAGAAGUGGACGCAGCACCGCAAGAAGAUCUGAACAAAGUCCUGGCCGAGCUCCGUGAGCAGUACGAGGGAAUGGCCGACAAGAGCCGGAAGGAAUGGGAGAACUGGUUCCAAGCAAAGGCAGAACCACUAAAGCAGGAAGUGCAGGCCAACAUAGAGACUGUGCAGACGUCCAAAACUGAACUCACAGAGCUCAGGCGCACACUGCAGGGGCUUGAAAUCGAGCUGCAGUCUCAACUAAGCAUGAAAUCGUCCCUGGAAGCCACAUUAAGGGACACGGAGAAUCGCUACUCCGUGCAGCUGAACACCCUCCAGAUACAGGUCACCAACAUGGAGGAGCAGCUGAUGAAUCUCCGCGCCGACAUGGAGCGCCAAGGGCACGAGUACCAGAUGCUGCUGGACCUCAAGACCCGACUGGAGAUGGAGAUCAGCGAGUACAGGAGGCUGCUGGACGGCGAGGCCACGGGGUAACCAUGGGCGUCUGAACCCUGAGCAUGCCACUUUGGGCUGCUCCGGCUCCUCCUCCUCCUCCACCACCACCACACGCAAGGUGGUGACCAUCGUGGAGAAGCAGGUGGACGGCAAGACGGUCAGUUCCGGCACCACGGUGCACAGCACAUGAGCAACGCUGAACACGCCCGCCUCCAGAGCACGCCCUGCUCCUCAUGAAAACGACUAGUUGUAAUCUGGCAGUUGCUACAAUAAAAAGCUCUGAGAUGUUUAAGACUAAA